UCAACGGGAUUAACGUGAUCGUCUUUGUCUCUUUGUAUUAUAAAAGGAACAGGAAGGCCGCCAUCUCCAUAUCUUUGUCUCCUGUUCGUCUUUGCACAAAGAGUUGGAAACAUUGAAGCAAAGAUAUAAUGGCGGACUAUUUUCCAGAGGAAUUGAUAGUAGAAAUCUUAUGCAGACUGCCCGUCAAGACCCUAUUGCGAUGCAUCGGUCUCUCCAAAUCAUGGUACGAUCUCAUCAAAACUCCCAAUUUCAUUGCAACCCAUCUCCACAAAACCCUCUCUUCAGACGAUCAUCGAUUAUUUUUGCAUCGUUUGUAUGGAAAUAAUGACGAAACAUUCCGUUUGUAUUUUGAUAAUAACGAUUUCGGGGAGUAUAUGACACCCCAUCCCCCAUGCGACACCAAGAAGCAUUUGCACGUCGCAGGUUCAUGCAACGGCCUGAUUUGCCUCUUCCGCGAUGAUUUUUCACAUGGAUUCGGCUAUGGCUACAGAUUCAUCCUCUGGAACCCUUCCAUUAGAAAGUCAAUAUUACUUCCUUCACCCCAUUUCAUCUUUGCGAAUAAUUUCUUACGUUGCCGGAAUUUUACUGGUUUUGGAUUUGAUCCUACAACUCAGGAUUACAAAGUCUUAAGAAUCAUGAACCUCCUUGUUGAUGAUUGGAUUCACUUUAGAGCAGACGUCUACUCUCUUAAUUCCAAUUCUUGGAAGGAUAUUACUGACAUUGUUCCCAGAUAUAGGGUACAUGAGAGUGUCACUCCAGCCUUUGUGAAUGGUGCAUUGCAUUGGAUAGCUACUGAAAAUAAUUAUAGGAAUUUUAUAAUGGUGUUUGAUGUGAGAGAUGAUGUUUUUCGUGAAAUGAUGUUGCCAGAAAGUUUGGCAAAUGCUUGGGCUUCGGAAUUGACUGUUCAGGUAUUCCAGGAAUCAGUACUAGCAGUUAUUUACCGAGAGACUUGUCGUGAUUACGAGUCGCAUAUAUGGCUGAUGCUAGAAUAUGGUAGAGGAGCAUCAUGGGUGAAGUUAGCAACACUGAGAAAUAGAAUGAUAGAAAGAUCAAAGGUGUUAGGAUUCAGAAAAAAUGGGGAAGUGCUGAUGUAUACUGGGGAAGUGGGACAGGGAGUGGGAGACAUAGCUUCAGUGGACAUAGGGAGCCGAAUGUUUAAGAAUCCAAUAGCUGGAAACGAAAAUGAAGGAGGGCCUUUUCUCUAUAAUUAUAUGGAGAGCCUUGCAUUGCUUGACAAAGGCAAUAUGCAGUGUCCAAGUGAUGCAAAGCAAACAAAAAUAUCCAACGGAUGGCUGGAAGCAGUUUUGAAAGCAAACAUUGACCACUAG